GGCAAUAUAUAUUUGUCACUGUCAAAUUGUCAUGCAACUUCAGUGUGCAUGUAUGUCUUUUCAGUGCAUGCUUGCUUGUAUUGUUAUUUUUUAUGGUGUGCGUGCCGCCGUGCUUUGUGCUAUGGCAUUGCCUCAGAAAAAAUACUACCGCCAAAGAGCUCACUCUAACCCCAUUGCUGAUCAUUGUUUUGAAUACCCUGUACAUCCAGAUAAAUAUGACUGGUCAGCCAUGUACCCCAUUUUGAAAACGGAUGAAUUUAAAACGAAGCAAGUGGAGUUCUUAGAUGUUGGUUGUGGAUAUGGAGGUUUAUUAGUGACUUUGUCAACAAUGUUUCCUGAAAAUUUAAUGUUGGGUUUGGAAAUACGUGUGAAAGUUUCAGAUUAUGUAAAUGAUAGAAUAAAUGCAUUAAGAGUACAGCAUCCCAAUCAGUAUCAGAAUAUUGCAGUUUUACGAACAAAUGCCAUGAAAUAUUUACCUAAUUUUUUUCAUAAAGGACAGCUGAAGAAAAUGUUCUUUUUGUACCCAGAUCCACACUUCAAGAAGGCAAAACAUAAGUGGAGGAUAAUUAACAAAUGGCUUUUGUCUGAAUAUGCAUAUGUUUUAUCUGAACAGGGUAUAGUUUAUACUAUAACUGACGUGAAGGAUUUACAUGAGUGGAUGGUGACUCAUUUUGAAGAACAUCCAUUGUUUGAAAGGUUAUCAGAUGACGAACUGAAGCUUGAUCCUAUUGUUGAAAAGCUGUACGAAAGUACUGAAGAAGGUCAGAAAGUCACUCGCAACAAAGGCGAUAAAUUCCUAGCUGUGUAUAAAAGGAUACCGGAUAGUUUUGAUCUAAGCUGUGCAAUAAAAGAAUUGUAAUAAGUAUAA